AUGAGCAACGAUCCUCGCCGUGUGUCGCUUUUCAACCGUUGGGCUUCUAAACAAAACAACGAGCCGGUCUCUGGAUUUGAAGGGCUCAACGAGGAGGAGAUUAUGGAGUACAAAGCCGCUUUCAGGCUUUUCGACAAGGAUGGUAACGGCUCUAUCUCUUCAAAGGAAUUGGGAGUUGCAAUGCGCUCUCUCGGACAGAAUCCAACUGAGCAGGAACUUCUUGAUAUGGUUAACGAGGUUGAUAUUGAUGGGAGUGGAACUAUUGAUUUCGGAGAGUUCUGCCAGAUGAUGAAGAGAAUGAACAAGGAGAACGACAGUGAGAUGAUUCGUGAAGCCUUUCGUGUCUUCGAUCGAGAUGGUAACGGAUUCAUCACUGCCGACGAGUUCCGUUAUUUCAUGACCCACAUGGGAGACCAGUUCAGUGACCAAGAAGUGGAUGAAAUCAUUGCAGAAAUUGAUAUUGAUGGUGAUGGACAGAUCGAUUAUGAAGAAUUCGCCUCAACCUUCUCCAGCUAA